UGAUAAUCGGUUAGGCUAACUCUCCCAGGGAUCGGGUAUCUCCUUCCAUUCGGCUCGCUCCGACGAAAUUACCCCAUUGGGAAACCCAUUCGGUGGCUUUCGCCGUAGCUGCUCCGGUUGGAAUCAAUGAUCUAAUUGGCUACAACAUCGAACGUUAGGCUCUGUAGAAAGUGCGACCGGGUGCAAUUAGGCGGUUUCAAUAGCGGCCAAUUAGUGAGUAACGGUGAAACUACUUCUGUAAUAUCAGCGCCAGCACGCGGUAACACUCAGACUGUUCAAAGUGAUUUCAAUAAACAACCAAGAUGCAGAUACCAGAAAUCAACGAAGACGAAUGUCUGACAUUCCUAUCCAGACUCGUCCAGAUUAAGAGCUACUCCCAGACAGAUGGCGAGUUGGAAGCAACAGCAUAUAUGGCGAAGGAGAUGUCGAAAAUCGGACUCGAAUCCGAAUUGAUUUCCUUCGACAAUGGCAAGAGACAAAACGCACUGGGCGUGUGGAGGGGGAGGGGUACAGCAGCCACGGAGGAGGGGGCACCAAAAUCACUUCUAUUCAACGGCCACCUAGACACGAACCCCGUCUCGGAGGGGUGGACGAUAGACCCCUGGGAGGGCAAAAUCGACGAGAACUUCAUCUACGGCAUUGGCGUCAGUAACAUGAAAUCCGGCUGCGCGGCCUACUUCUGCGCCGUCAAAACCCUGAUCGCCAUUGGCUGGACGCCCCGCGCGGACGUGAUCCUAACGUACGUGGUGGGAGAACUGCAAGGAGGCGUGGGCACGCUGGCCUUAAUCGAGCAAGGAAGGAUCAAGGCGGACUAUUUUAUCAAUUGCGAACCGUCGGACAUCAAGGCAGUGACUAUGCACGCCGAAGCACUGACGUUUGAAAUCACGUUGAAGGGUAUCACGCGCCACAUGUCUGCGCGAGAGGAGGCACAAGACGCCAUCAUGGCAGCCUGUAUGUUGAUUCCCAAACUCAAUGGUAUGAAGUUCCGGGGCGCGAGGAGUGAAGAGCACGAGAAAUGCAACCGGCUCCAAGUUGGUAUCGUGCACGGCGCGCUCGGGAAGGAACUCGUAGAAUGGCGGCCCGCGCAAGUAGCUGAUAUAUGUAAGCUUGCUGGAAGCGCGCGGUAUGCGCCUGGCCAGACCCAGGAAGGCGUUAUGGAAGAUAUCCGGGUGGUUAUCGAAAAGUGCUUAGAGGCGUUUCCGGGUAUGACGUUUGAGCUAAAGCAGAGGUUUGAGCCGACGAUGCCGGCGUUUGAAGUGUCGAGGGAUUCUAAACUCGUCAAGUCUCUAAACGACGCGUAUUUCACGAUUAGACGCGAGGAACAGCCUACGGGAGUCCUCGCACCGACUUGCUUCUAUGGAUCAGAUGCUGGGCAUCUCUAUAAAUCUCUUGGCAUGGAAGGCAUCGUAUGCGGACCGGGAGGAAAGUAUAAUACGCGCCCUGAUGAAGCUGUUGAUAUUCCCGACUAUCUGGAUUGUAUUCGGAUGUUCAUGCGAGUAAUUGUGGAUAUCUGCGGAUAGAGGGGCGGGCAUCUCCUUCAGGGGAUAGACCCCGCGGAGUAACAAUGAUAGAUAUAAACUGUGCCCUCCAUCGGCAAGAUCGCGACAAAGAUGCCAAAUUUAAUGAGUCUUACGAUUUAUAAUCUAAUAAAAGAAAAUAAUGCGGG